AGCGACCCAAACAUCAGACGGAGGUAACCGCGGUUUGUGGACACUGGGAAGGAGAAUGGCAAAUCAAAUCAAGAUCUCAGAAAUUGAUGUCAUGGGGCCCAGAUUCCUUCUCAAUAACAGUCAGACACAAAACAUUAUACAAGUGAUGCACCGAAACCGCUAUUCGAAUUGUCUUUCAUUCAUUCACUUUGCCCCUCUCCCCCGCAAGAUGGCAGCAAUCGUGCGGGUCCUGUCUCGCGCCGUGAACAAACCGUACAGAACAAAGCAACUCACCGAGGAAAUUCCCUACCUGAACGAUGAUGGAUAUGUCGACUUCGCACCAGGCGAUAUUGAAAACCCGAGAAACUGGUCCAUGACGCGCCGUACGACCAUAACAAUGAGCGCAGUGCUACUAGUUGUGAAUGCGACUUUUGCGUCGAGUUCCCCGAGUGGAUGUUUCGGGUCUAUAUCUGAGCAAUUCGACAUUUCAACCGAGGUUGCUGGUUUGACAAUCACACUUUUCCUUCUGGGCUACUGCGCUGGCCCGUUAGUCUUCGCUCCGUUGAGUGAAUUCUACGGUCGGCGAUGGAUUUUCUAUAUUAGUUUCUCACUCUACAUUGCCUUCAACUUUCUUUGCGCUUUUGCGCCCAAUUUGGGCGCGUUAUUAGUGGGUCGUUUCCUGACGGGGACUUUCGUAUCGGCCCCACUGAGUAAUUGCCCUGGAGUGCUCGCCGAUCUAUGGGAUCCGCUGCAGCGCGGGAAUGCCAUGGCUGGGUUCUCGGCGAUGGUGUGGAUUGGCCCAGCGCUAGGUCCGGUUGUCGCAGGAUUCCUGGAAUUGAAAGAGGAUUGGCGGUGGAGCUUUUAUGUGCUGCUCUGGCUUGGUGGUGCGACUGCAGUGGUGAUGUUGACCAUCCCCGAGACUUAUGCACCGAUUGUUCUAUACAACAAGGCGAAACGGCUCCGGCAGGCGCAAAUACCUGGUUAUGAGCAUGUUCGCGCUGCAGUCGAGGAUGGCGACCGGACGCUUGUGGCGAUUUAUAAGGUUGCGUUGACACGCCCGUGGAUUAUUCUGUUCGACCCGAUUUCGUUUCUGUGUGCGAUUUAUAUGGCUGUUGUGUACACUUUGCUGUACAUGCUUUUCACCAUCUAUCCGAUUGUCUUCCAGGAGAAGCGCGGGUGGAAUUCUGGUGUGGGUGAGUUGCCUUUGGUUGGGACCAUUGUCGGUGCGGGUUUGGGUGGUGUUAUAGUACUGGCCGACACACGGAUGCGUCAACGAAGAGUCGAGCGAGGCGAGAUGAAAAUGGAAGAUGCUACUCCCGAAGAUCGCUUGCCACUAGCCAUGAUUGGAGGAGUCGGAUUCUCUGCCACAAUGUUUUGGUUUGCUUGGACAGCAGAGUUUGAAAGCUCCAUCCACUGGAUCGUCCCCACCAUCGCAGGAUGUUUCCUCUCAAGUUGCAUGUUGCUCCUAUUUGUUUCAUAUUUGAAUUACCUGGUAGAUGUCUACCUAAUGUAUGCUGCCUCCGCCAUUGCAGCAAACACCAUUGCCCGAUCUGCUUGUGGUGCCGCGGCGCCCCUUUUCACCAAACAGAUGUUUACCGCGUUGGGUGUGGGCGGGGGAGGGAGCUUGAUCGGCGGCGUGGCUGCAUUGCUGGCUGUGGUUCCGUUCCUGUUUUAUCGGUAUGGUAAGCAAAUUAGGAUCAAGAGCAAGUUUGCUCCAACAUCGCCAGCUAGACAACGAAAAACAGAUGUGGAAAGUAAUCCUCAAGACCGGGGUGUUCAGAGCCCAACGUCGAUAUCCAGCGAAGAGGAAGGAAUAAAUGAAGGGGUAGAAGAAAAGUAG